AUGGGUCUCCAGCUCUGGGGCGCCUUCACGCCCGAGCAGCGCCGCAACAUCGGCAUCUAUGUUCUGGGUAUCAUGUGCUACAAGUUCGCACUUGAGUACUUCAACGGCUCCUUCAUCACCCAGGCUAACGAGCGAUUCGGUGCUCGUCGUUUCGAAAAGAUCGCCAUCUUGACCGGUACCAACUACGCCGCUCAGUGCAUUGGUUCCAUCAUCGUCGCCCCUUUGAUCAAGCGUUUCCCCACCCGUACCGUGCUCGCCGUCGCCGUCCUCACCUUCGGCAUCAUCUCGACUGUUCCUCUCAUCGCUGACGCUGCCACUGGCGGUGUGCUCAAGUACAAGACCGCCAACAACAAGACCAGGUACGGUAGCUGGAGCCCCAACGGUCUCUUCCCCAUCUACGUCAUCUCUGGUAUUUCGUACGGCACCGUCGAGUUGAUCCGCCGUGUCAUUCCCCGUGACAUUGUCGGUGGUGACGUCGACCGUCUGCGAAAGAUGGACGCUUUCGUCCACGUCAUGUACGAGGUCGCCGGUACCACUGGUGCUUUCACCUCGACCUCGCUGAUCGGCAAGUUCGGCUACAACUACUCUGCUUUCCUCUCGCCCGUCUUGUUCACCCUCGCUGCCUGCGUCUGGAUCUGGAUCUCUUCGCUCGGUGAGAGCCAGCGCAACGAGGAGGAGUCUCGUCUUGCCCGCGUCGAGGUCGAGAAGCGUGGUAUCCUCAUGUCCAUGCUCGACGGUGUCCGCGCUUUCGGCAAGGCCUUCUGGUACGGAGGCUACCUCAUCUUCACCGACCGACGAUUCAUCUGGCUCGUUCCCGGUUACGCCUUCGCCCUGUACGGUCACCGAUACCUCGAGAACGGUCUCGCUCCCAUCUACGCCCGAGCCGUCAUCGGUGUCUCGUCCUACUCGCAGAUCAUCGUCGGUGGUUCCAACUUUGGUGAGCUCCUCGGUGCCCUCUCGGUCAUGCUCUUCACCCAGGCCAUUCCUACCCCCAUGCCUUGGUUGCGUCUCGACGCCUUGCUGCUCAACCUCGUUUGGGUCAUGCCUUUCUUCCCCUACACUCGUGGCGACGUUGGCUCGGCUUGGAAGCUCGCUGCCGUCUUCAUCCCCAUCUCGUACGGUUGGGCUGCUGGUGACGUCUCGCUUGCUGCCUACAUCCAGUCGACUCUCGCCAGGAUGGAGGCCAAGGACAAGGACGUCUCGGCUCUCGGUGCUGUCAUGGCCUUCCUGUACGUCACCUACAUUGUCAUGUACUCGCUCAUCUCGACCUUCCUCGGUCGAUGGGUCGACCGUCGCCUACGUGGUCUCUCGGGUGUCGCUGCCAUCAACCGCGCGCGCGACUGCCUCAAGUACGUCGGUGGUGUCCACUUCACCAUCCUCUCCGUCAUCAUCAUCGCCGCCACCUUCAUCCCCAAGGGCUCCUUCUCCUUCAACCCCAAGGCCAUCGACACCAGCCUGCUCCAGAGCGACGAGGAGUCGGAGCGAUCCUCGCAGGAAGACAUCAAGGAGGCCAAGUACCAGGAGCGCGACUCGUUCGCUCCUCAGGACAUCCAGGGCGACGCUGUCGGCGCUCUCGCCCAGAACACCGCCGCUCGUGUCCCCUCCAGGGUCUAA